AUGCUGCCACUCCAGGCUGUUUUCCAUGGCCACUCAUCCAGGUCACUUCCCCCUCCAUCGUCUCCUUGCUAUGAUGAAGCCCUGGAAUUGGGGUUUCACUUCCUCAUCUCCAAUACCGACACAUACUGGGCAACCAUAGAGACGAUGAAGCUAUAUGUCAAGGAGAUCUUGGUCCCAUACUUCAUGGAACAAAAGAAGAAACUUUCACUCCCAGAUGACUACCGCUGUAUUUGGCAAAUUGACGUGUGGGCUGUCCAUACAUCUUGGGAAUUUCGAGAAUGGCUCUAUAGCCAAUUCCAUUGGAUUAUCUUCCUGGAGGUUGCACGGGCCUCUUUCAGCCUUGUGACCUUGCAGAUGGAGGAGAAGGAAAAUGUUAUUGUGGUUCAGACAGGUCUUCCAGAACUGCAAUGGUGGAUGGUUCGCAUCCUUGUCAAGGCAUAUCAUGAAGUAAACAAACCCAACAUUGUACUGAAGGCCUUCAAGAAAGCACAAUCAGGUGAAUUCAGUCUAGCGCAUCCAAGUCUCACAAGCCUGGCCAUGCUUGACAUCUUGAAGACCCUCCACAUUGACAACCCAUGUCUUUUUUCCGAGUUUUCAAAGCCAUGCUCAGUUCCUGAGGCACCCCUGAAUCGCACUCAACAUGCAGAUGACAUUUCCUUCAAUGCCACACUCAUGCAUACUCUCACUGGGGAAGUUCCGGAAGGCCACCUGCUUCAACCAGCCACAAAUACCCUUCAGCCUCAGCCUACACUUGUGAAUGAACUAGACAAUGACUUCCCUGAGGACGAUGCUGAUGAUUUGGGUGAGGAUGACAGUAAAAGUGGCAGCAAAGUUGGGGUUUCUGGUAGGAACUCCAUGGAAUCUGGUGAACUUGGACAUGAGGGCAGUGUGGUGUCUUCUAGUUGGGGUCCAGGGUCGGCACAUCAAGGGGGGAGGAUGAGGAAACCUGUGGAUUUGGCAGUGCGAAAUAGAUGGUGGGAGGGGUGGUAA